AUGGUGCUAAUAAAUGUUAAUGUGAUAGUAGAGCCAAUGUUGAUGAACAGAGCUAAUAUUGAUAAAUCUAAUAGUAGAGCUAAUGUUGAUAGAUCUGGCAGUAGAGCUAAUGUUGAUAAGUCUGAUAGUAGAGCCAAUAUUGGUAAGUCUGAUGUAGGACUAAUGUUGAUAAGUAUGAUAGUAGAACUAAUAUUGAUAAAUAUGAUAGCAGAAGUUAUUCUAAUACAUUGUCAAGCUGGUAAGUAG